GCCCCCCAAUCUGGCCUUCUGUAUACUAAGGAGAGUCACGUUUCUUUUCAUUUCCUCGUAUCAAUUCUUCGAUAUGGCAUAUUCCGUGACGCGAGAUACCUUACAUAGCUUGCAAUAUCCACUCUUAAUAGUCGAAUCCUGGUAGUUGUCGACUCUCCUAAAAAUGCUGCGUACAUUUACUGUGGUUGCCGGAAUUGGCCUGACCAUUAUAUCAUUCUUGAUUCCUACCCAGGAGCCUUGUAGAUGCAGGCCAUUUGAACCAUGUUGGCCAAAUGAAGCCGAAUGGGCAACCCUGCAAAAUUCCGUCGACGGCAACCUCCUCCCUUUGAAGCCUAUCGGACACGUGUGUCAUCACCUAGCUCUUGAUCGCCGUGCCUGCGAAGAUCUCAAACGUCUGUCUCUCGAUAGUGGGUGGAGAGCAGCACAACCAGCCUCGCUCCAAGACUGGGUUUGGGAGGGUGGCAAGCUCCAGAACGAAUCAUGCCAUAUUUUCUCAGACCCAGAAUCCAAUUGCCAUCAAGGCCGAGUACCUCUAUACUCUGCUUCAGUACGAUCCGCUUCUCACAUUCAGAAAGCUGUACUGUUCGCCAAGAAACAUAAUCUCCGUCUAGUGAUAAAGAACACAGGGCACGAUGGAGCCGGACGAUCAAGCGGGCCAUCAUCAUUUCAGAUACAUACCAAUAAACUGAAAAAUCUCGAGUUUCACGAGGACUUCCUAGCUCAAGGAGCUACCGAGAGCUCGGGUGGUCCCGCCGUAACUAUAGGCGCCGGCGUGAUGCAAUGGGAAGUAUAUGAGAAAGCGGCUGCAAAACGGUUAUCCCUGGUUGGGGGAGAGUGUCCAAGUGUGGGUGCCGUGGGAGGUUUCUUACAAGGCGGUGGAGUGUCAAGCUUUUUCAGCUAUGCUAGAGGACUGGCAAUAGACAAUGUAUUGGAAUACCAGGUAGUUACCGCAGAGGCCGAAGUUGUUGUUGCGAAUGCGCAUCAAAAUCAAGAUCUCUUUUGGGCACUACGAGGUGGUGGCGGUGGUACAUUCGGCAUCGUCACGCAGGCGACCGUACGCCUCUUCCCAGAUGAUCCACUAACAUCAACUACGAUAUCUAUCUCAUCAGAGAAAACAAGUAACAUUGAAUGGACCGAAGCAAUUAGUCGCUUGUUGGCGACUCUACAAACAAUGAACAAGAAUCGUUAUCCUGGGCAGUUCCUUCUACAACGCUCAUCCAAUAGCUCAGGUCUAGCGAGUCUAACGGUCCACUUCCCGAACACAACUGAUACUUCGAUGGCCGAGAAGCAGACGCGAGCAAGCUUCAAGUGUCCGGACGGCAGUGCGGGACUCGUGUGUUCGAUAUCUUCAGAGUGGCUGGCUCAGGGUAGCUUUAGUCUUCGGAAGGCUGCUGAUAUAUAUCCCGAGAACUAUGGAAUACUUUCGGGAUCCCUUCUGGUUUCAAAUCAAGUGUUUGGAACUCCUGAAUGGCCUGCAAAGUUGGCAGAGACAUUAGUGAAAAUCCAAAUGUCUCCUGGAGACAUUUUGUUCACAAGUAAUUUGGGAGGUCACGUAAACGAGCUUGAGGUGGGGAAAACUUCUUUACAUCCAGCGUGGCGUUCCUCUGCUCAACUAAUUACUUUCGUACGUUCUGUCACGGCAUCCUUUACAGGGAAGACAAAUGUAAUGAACGAAUUAUCGAACGUUCAGAUGCCCAUUCUAUACUCGAUGGACGAAGAAUCCAGAGUGUCUUAUCGUAACUUAGGGCUUCCGAGUGAAGAGAACUUCCAGAAUCUCUAUUGGGGCAGCAAUUACCAGCAAUUGCUUAAAGUUAAACGACGUUGGGAUAAAGAUGGCUUGUUCACCACAAAAUUGGGAGUUGGGAGUGAGUAUUGGGACGAAGAGGGGUUGUGUAGAAUACAUCCGAGCUAUUUGGAGAGAGCUCUGGAAGCUCUGUGGCUUUUUUAGUUAACUUGAAUUUCAGCUUUUACCUAUUUGAA